AAGUGAACCCGUGAUGUUUUGUAAUAUAUUAACGUCAGCAUUCCAUACUGAGACCUGAAACUGGAAACAUCUGUGUAUAUAUUGUGACCAUCACAGCUAUCUGGGUAAAGCUUAAAGCUUGUUCAUGAACUCUCUCGACUGACCUUAUAUUAUUUUUAUUAUCUUUUUCUUUUCUGCACUAGAGAAUGGAUUCAAUUGCAGCUCAAAAGCCCCACGCAGUUUUGCUACCAUUCCCGGCACAAGGCCAUGUUAACCCGUUUAUGCAGCUAGCCAAGCUGUUACACUCGAGAGGCUUUCAUGUAACUUUUGUUAACACUGAGUUUAAUCAUAGACGUCUGGUUCGCUCCCAGGGACCUGAAGCUGUGAAGGGCUUGCCUGAUUUCUGUUUUGAAACAAUACCUGAUGGGUUGCCGCCGUCUGAUUGCGACGCCACUCAGGAUCCUCCUGCUUUGUGUGAUUCUAUCAGGAAGAACUGCUUGGCUCCUUUUAUAGAGCUACUAUCUAAGUUGGAUGCUUUAUCUGAAACGCCUCCAGUCGCUUGCGUGAUUUCAGAUGGUGUUAUGAGUUUUGGUACCAAAGCUGCAAGAUUGUUAGGCAUAGCAGAUGCUCAAUUCUGGACAGCCUCAGCUUGUGGCCUCAUGGGAUAUUUGCAAUAUGGCGAAUUCAUCAGGAGAGGCAUCGUUCCUUUUAAAGAUGAAAGCUUCCUUACAGAUGGCACACUUGAUGCUCCAAUAGAUUGGGUAGAAGGCAUGAGCAACAUAAGGUUUAAGGAUAUGCCAAGCUUUGUUAGGACCACAGAUAUUGGAGACAUCCUGUUUGAUUACACAAAAUCAGAAACAGAAAACUGCCUAAACUCUUCCGCAAUCAUCUUCAACACAUUUGAUGAUUUUGAAGAAGAAGUCUUAGAUGCUUUAGCAGCAAAGUUUCCUCGCCUGUAUACAAUAGGUCCACUUCCUUUGCUUGAAGGGCAGAUAUCAGAGAGUAGUGAAUUCAAGUCAAUGAGGCCAAGCUUAUGGAAAGAUGACUUGAAAUGUCUUGAAUGGUUAGAUGAAAGAGAACCCGAUUCAGUUGUAUAUGUCAAUUAUGGUUCUGUGACUGUGAUGACAGAGCAACACUUGAAAGAAUUCGCUCGGGGCUUGGCAAAAAGCAAAUACCCUUUUCUAUGGAUUGUCAGGAAUGAUGUUGUAAUGGGAGAUUCUCCAAAAUUGCCAAAGGAAUUCCUCGAGGAGAUUAAAGAUAGAGGAUUCAUAGCAAAUUGGUGUCCGCAAGAUAAAGUACUUUCACAUCCAUCGAUUGGAGCGUUUCUAACUCACUGCGGGUGGAAUUCAAUAAUGGAAAGUAUUUGCGGAAUAGUGCCUGUAAUAUGUUGGCCAUUUUUCGCAGAGCAACAAACAAACUGUAGAUAUGCAUGUACUAGUUGGGGAAUUGGCAUGGAGGUCAAUCAUGAUGUUAAGAGUGAAGAGAUUGUGGAUCUUCUUAAGGAAAUGAUGGAAGGAGAUAACGGGAAACAAAUGAGACAGAAAGCUUUAGAGUGGAAGAGGAAAGCAGAGGAAGCAACAAAUAUUGGUGGAUCAUCAUAUAAUAAUUUUAAUACAUUUGUUAAACAUAUUGUUUAAAUUAAAAAUAUAUUUCAGAAAUACAGAUAUUUAAUUAGGAGUA